AUGCAAGACGAUGUGACAUCUCCACCCCUCGGCCUCGACAUCAACCCCUCGUCAACAACCACACACGUCGGCUCCAUCGCCGACCGCGACCUCGUCACCUCCCUCUUCGCCCAGAACCCCAGCAUCCGACACAUCCUCCACACCGCGACGCUGCACAAGCCGCACAUCGAAUCGCACAGCAAAGACGCCUUUGUCGAGACCAACGUCCAGGGCACCGUCGAGCUCCUCGAGGCGGCGGGCCGGCUAGGCGGGCGCAUCGAAUCCUUUGUCUUUGUCAGCACGACGUCGACGUUUGGCCGCGCCCUGUGCCCGGCCAAGGGCGCCCCGCCGCGUGGAUCGACGAGUCCGUCACCCCGUGCCGAAAAACAUUUACGGCGUGACCAAAGUGGCGGCCGAGGACGUGUGCCGCCUCGCCCAUACCCGGACGGGCUUGCCCGUCGUCGUGCUCCGCAUGAGCCGUUUUUCCAAGAGGCCGACGACGACAAGGAGCGUCGCGAUGCCUUGGAGAAUGAUAAUCUCAAGCUGCUCGAGCUGUGCUACCGCCGCGCCGACAUUGCGGACCUCGUGUCGGCGUGCGUGUGCGCCAUGACGCGCGCCAAGGAGCUCCGUUGGGCGCGGUAUAUUAUUAGCGCGCCGAGCCCGCUCGUCAAGGACGAGGCUACGCUCGCGCUGCUCAACGAGAACGCGGCUGAUGCGGUGGAAGCGCACGUUCCCGGCUGUAAAAAAGUGUUUGAGGACGCGGGGUGGGGGUGGCUCGAUAGGAUCGAUAGGGUACUCUACACUCGAUAUGAUUUCUAA